AUGCUGUGUCGAGCGGUUGCUAAAGUCAAACGCGUGACAGUGUACGAGUCGAGAAACGUGCCUAUUUUCCUCAAAAUGGUGUGCCUGCCCCCAGUCUUUAGCAACAUGUCCAUUGUCUCCUUCAACCUUGAGCACACUCUGACCUGGCUGCCCUGUUCUGGGACUCCUGCCAACACCCACUUCACAGUUCAGAGCCUCAGAAUCAUUGUCUUCACUUCAACCCCUGACCUCCCUAUUGCAGCAGUGUUGUGCCCUCUAGUGGUGUCUGUGUCAGGCUGUGGGAACUGCCUGCUCCUGCAGGUCACUCCCCCUACAUCCAGGGGCCUACAGCGCUCUCUGAAUGAGGCUGUAACGUAACGAAAUGUGGAAAAGGUCAAGGGGUCUGAAUACUUUCCGAAUGGAAUAUACCUAGAAAAGAAAGCAAGUUCUGAGAAUGUGGUCAAACCCACUCACAUUCCCUUUGAAUAUAACCUGGGAAUGUCUUUAAA